UGGGGGCGGGGCCCGCGGGUCACGUGCCGGGCCUCCCGCGCACAGCUGGAGGCGGCGCUCGUCCUCCCCACGAGCCGUGGAGCCCGUGGCGCGCGGGGCAUUGUGGGCCGAGGGGCGGGGGUUGGGAAGAUGGCGGCUCCCAGCCUCCUCAACUGGAGGCGAGUUUCCUCCUUCACCGGGCCGGUGCCCCGCGCCCGGCACGGACACCGAGCCGUGGCCAUCCGGGAGCUGAUGAUCAUCUUCGGCGGGGGCAACGAGGGCAUCGCGGACGAGCUGCACGUCUACAAUACCGUUACAAACCAGUGGUUCCUACCAGCUGUUAGAGGAGACAUCCCUCCAGGCUGUGCAGCCCAUGGAUUUGUCUGUGAUGGGACUAGAAUCCUAGUGUUUGGGGGAAUGGUUGAAUAUGGAAGAUACAGCAAUGAGUUAUAUGAGUUACAAGCAAGUCGUUGGUUAUGGAAAAAAGUGAAACCCCAGCCCCCUCCUUCUGGUUUACCUCCUUGUCCUCGGCUUGGACAUAGCUUCUCUUUAUAUGGUAACAAAUGCUAUUUGUUUGGUGGUUUGGCAAAUGAAAGUGAAGAUUCAAAUAAUAAUGUCCCCAGGUAUUUAAAUGAUUUCUAUGAGUUGGAGCUACAGCAUGGUUCUGGUGUUGUGGGCUGGAGCAUCCCAGCCACCAAAGGCACUGUGCCUUCUCCAAGAGAAUCCCAUACUGCUAUUAUAUAUUGUAAAAAAGACUCUGCGAGUCCUAAGAUGUAUGUUUUUGGUGGAAUGUGCGGUGCUCGUCUGGAUGACCUAUGGCAGCUUGAUUUAGAAACUAUGUCAUGGUCAAAACCAGAAACUAAAGGGACAGUGCCACUUCCACGAAGCCUUCAUACAGCCAGUGUUAUAGGAAACAAGAUGUACAUUUUUGGUGGAUGGGUCCCACACAAAGGUGAAAACCCUGAGCCUCCCCCCCAUGACUGUGAGUGGAGAUGCACCAGCUCGUUUUCUUACCUGAACCUAGAUACAGCAGAGUGGACUACUCUAGUAUCAGAUUCUCAGGAAGAUAAAAAAAAUUCAAGGCCAAGACCGAGAGCAGGACACUGCGCUGUUGCGAUUGGCACUCGACUAUACUUUUGGAGUGGAAGAGAUGGCUACAAGAAAGCACUCAAUAGUCAGGUCUGCUGCAAGGACCUUUGGUACCUUGAUACCGAGAAACCUCCAGCACCAUCACAAGUCCAGUUAAUCAAAGCUACUACCAACUCUUUCCAUGUCAAGUGGGAUGAAGUGCCUACAGUUGAAGGCUAUCUUUUGCAGUUGAAUACUGACCUGACGUACCAAGCCCCAUCGUCUGACUCUUCAGCAGCACCCAGUGUGCUAGGAGGCAGGACGGACCCUCACAGACAAGGCAGUAAUAGCACCCUUCAUAACAGUGUUAGUGAGACAGUAAACAGUAUAAAACCUGAGCACACAGCUGUGAGAGGAGCUUCACUGAGAAGCAAGCCCGACUCAAGAGCAGCCGACUCGAGCGCUGCUCUGCACUCACCAUUGGCACCCAACACUUCCAAUAACAGCAGCUGGGUGACGGACAUGCGCAAGAAUGAAGUUGAUGAAAUAUGUGCUCUGCCUGCAACUAAGAUCUGCCGUGUAGAGGUGCAUGCUGCAGCAACGCCAUUUUCUAAAGAGACACCUUCAAAUCCAGUGGCCAUUUUGAAAGCAGAGCAGUGGUGUGAUGUGGGAAUUUUUAAAAACAAUACAGCUUUGGUGAGCCAGUUUUAUUUGCUACCAAAAGGAAAACAAAGUAUGUCAAAGGUAGGAAAUGCAGAUGUGCCUGAUUACAGUUUGCUUAAGAAACAGGAUCUUGUCCCAGGAACAGUAUAUAAAUUUAGGGUUGCUGCAAUCAAUGGUUGUGGAAUCGGCCCUUUCAGUAAAGUCAGUGAAUUUAAAACAUGUAUACCUGGUUUUCCUGGAGCUCCGUCUACAGUCCGCAUUUCUAAGAAUGUUGAAGGUAUCCACCUUUCCUGGGAGCCUCCAACUUCACCUUCUGGAAAUAUUUUGGAAUAUUCAGCCUACUUGGCUAUCCGCACAGCACAGGUGCAGGAUAAUCCAAGCCAGCUUGUGUUCAUGAGGAUCUACUGUGGUCUUAAAACCUCAUGUAUAGUGACUGCUGGGCAGCUGGCAAAUGCACAUAUUGAUUACACAUCCAGACCUGCCAUUGUGUUCAGAAUAUCAGCAAAGAAUGAAAAGGGCUAUGGACCAGCCACACAAGUCCGAUGGCUUCAAGACCAGGAGGCAGAUGUGAGCCCAUGGUUCUAAUACACGUUUGCUUCUUUGAAGAAAAGGUAGCCUUUCUAUACUGAGCGAUUUGUUGAAAUAAUAAACCUUUUUACCUCAAGAAUUGCCCAAAUUGUAUUUUUUCUAUUGGCAUUACUUCCUUAGCAUAAAUCAUGUUUCUAUUUCUGUUAUGGGACUGGUGGCUGAAAGAUCCCCUUAGCAUCUGUGUGGCUUUGCUGUUAGCAGUUCCUAUGGUGCUAGAGCUGCAUGGCCGUGGAGUGAGUAGAGUGGCUGUUCUGCCAGCGUGCACCGCGGCAGCUUCUAAGGACUGUACGUCGUCAGCUGCCAUCUUCAGCACGCAGACCUUGGUGGGGGUUUUUUUGUUGUUGUUUUUGUUUUUGUUUGUGUGCGUAUGUGUGUAUUGUGUAUGUAUGUGUGUGUGCGCGUGUGCGUAUGUAUGUGUGUGUGUGCAUGCGUGCGUGCGGAGAGUGACCCUGGAGUUUUGGGCACCUAGGCUAGUGUUCUAACAGCAAGCAGCACCACAGCCCAGGCAGAUAACUCUUCCACAAGGAGUUUACCUAAGUUAAGUUUCUUUCUUUUGUCUCCAAGCUGUAUAGCUGUCUUUGUGUCACAAGCCUCUUCCAUGUGUUCUGGACUUUGGUUCACAUAAGAAGUAAAAAUAUUGUUGAUACUGCAUGCUCUUAGUAUGUUUUUUUAAAUACUGUAUUGGCCUUAUUUUAGCACAUUGUUUUGGCAGUUUAACUAGAAAUAAGUUAUAUAUAAACUCAGUCUUUAUUUAAGAACUAAGAGAAUCUGUUUGCAUGUGUGAGGUUCCUUUGCCCCAUAACCCAGAUACAUGUAUAAUCACCUGCGGAGGGGUAAAACUGCCGCUCAGUGUGUCCCAGACUUGUAGACUAGCAAAAAUUGCUUCUGCUUAGAGUGUCUGCUGUAACUAAGGGGUUUUAUUUACAGUGAUAGCAUAUUAACAUAAAGACAUGUGUUAUGUUCUCUCUGGAGUGAUUACUAUCUGGGGAUCACUCCUGCAGUCACCUCCUAAGUGGAGAGGCUGCCAGUAGGCUUGGUCUGGGCCACUUGAAGUGUAACUGCUGUGCUUCCCAAGACUGACUUUAGGCAGUUGUAUGUAUUGUGUACCAAUGACAUGUAAAAUAAAAGUACCUUUUUCCAUAAACAGUUACAGGUGGUAUUAUUUCUUUGACUCAAAGUGUAGUAUGGCAGAGCCUGUCUGUAGAGUGCUGAUGUGUGUCAUUCACUGGAUACAACAGGAUCUCUAACCUAGGAUGGACCCUCAGAAACUGAAGUAGGUUGUGCUCAGGAGUCAAAAUGGGGCGGAUUUGAAGGAGAGUGGCUUAGUGUAUUUAAUAAUCAGAGGGGAAUAGACUUUUUAGUUUUGUCUUGCCUUACCCUGCCUGGUUCCUAACUAAAGAAAUCACAAGACAGA